AUGCUCGUCAGUAAAAAGGGCUUUAAAGUUGCUUCAUUUGGUACUGGUUCAGCAGUCCGUCUACCAGGACAAAGUAUAGAUAAACCCAAUAUAUAUCCGUUUGGAACACCGUACGAUCACAUCUAUCAAGAUCUACAAAAGAAAGACUUUAGACUUUAUUCUCAAAAUGGUCUAUUGGAUAUGUUAGAUCGCAACAGAAAAAUCAAACGAGCACCUGAGCGCUGGCAAGAUACGACCGGAUUCUACGAUGUAAUCGUAACAUGUGAAGAACGGUGCUUUGACGCUGUAUGUGAAGAUUUAAUAGGAAGGGGAGAAGAGCGUAAUUUACCGGUUCACAUCAUUAACGUAGAAAUCAAAGAUAAUCACGAGGAUGCAAUGCUCGGGGGCAAAGCGAUAUUACAACUUGCUGAAAUGGUCGAGAAAGCUUCCAAUGUGGAUCAAGACAUGCAAACGAUUCUUGAAAAAUGGAAAGAAAAGUCAAAGUAUAGUUAUCUUCAUUGCGUAGCAUAUUUCUAA